UUGUUUGCUUUGCAUUUGUGUUUUAAGGCUGCAGACUUCUGUGUCACUCAUUUUAGUGAUGUGUCAUCUGCUUUGAGUGUCUUUGUAUGCUUAUAUAUUUGUUUCUCUGCAUGUCUUUCACACAUAUCUCCACACUCACCGCCCUGUUAGUGUUGCAGAUGGGUGGAACAGUUAUAGAGAAUAAGGAAGCAGAGAUGUGAGAACAAUCAAUGGAAGAUGUGUGUACAUUUAUGUGUGAUCUGAUACAACUCUUUCUCUGGAUAUCUGUGAGACUGAAGUCAAUCUGGAAUGAGGGCUGCCAUCAUCAUCUUCAUCUUCAUCACUCUCUGCCUGAUCUCAGGUCAGGUACUUUGUUUCAGUGUGACUGGAUGUGCUGGAGGGAGUUUGAUGUUCAAGUGCAUGAUCUCAAACCAGAGAGAGACUAAUGAACAGCGUAAAGGAAAGUAUUUCUGCAGAGACAGGAGCUGUAAGAUGGGCAUCAGUACUGAGAUUCAGAACCGUUGGGUUUAUAACGGGAGAUUCGCUCUGUAUGAUGAUGGAAACAGCAGAUUCUUCACAGUGUUUAUCAGGAACCUCAGCAGAGAGGAUCAUGGGGAUUAUAUAUGUGGAAACACUCAGAAAUGGAGUCGUGAUGUUAAGUUAAAGGAGAACAGAGUCAGCGGAGCGGCAGCGCUGUUUAGACGCUUCAGGACGCGCAGACGGGGAAAGCGCGCCGGCGCCCUCGUGAAGCUCAGACAGCGCGGAUUAAGAACGCCGCUGCCUAGCAUCCAUCUGGCGAAUCUCCGCUCUCUGCCCAACAAAACGGACGAACUCCUUCUGCUCUCCCGGACAAAUAAGGAUUUCUCGAACUCGGCUGCUCUGUGCUUCACGGAAACCUGGCUGAACGACGCCAUUCCGGACAGCGUGUUAAGUCUGCCGGGCUUUCAGCUGUUUAGAUCAGAUCGCGACGCAGAAUCAACGGGGAAAUCGUGCUUUUACAUCAACGAAAGGUGGUGUUCAGAUGUAACUGUGUUAAAGAAGAUGUGCUGUCCAGAUCUUGAAACACUCUUCAUUAACUGCAAACCGUUCUAUUCGCCUCGGGAGUUUUGCUCGUUCAUUCUGGUGAGCGUCUACAUUCCUCCGCAAGCGCACGUGAGCUCGGCUUUACAGAUACUCGCCGAUAUGAUCACAGAGAGCGGGCAACAACACCCGGACUCUGUUCUAAUCAUUCUCGGGGACUUUAAUAAAGCGGUUCUCUCACGUGAACUGCCCAAAUACAGACAGCAUGUUACCUGUCCCACCAGAGACAGGUCUGGUUGUGGGACGUCUGUUAUCCGGGACCAGUAUGUUGGACAAACGAUCACUUUCCACUGUGAAUAUGAUCAUGAGUUUAAAUCACACGCCAAAGUCUUCUACAGUCUGAAAGAGAGUCCUGACCAUGUGCUGAACAGCUCACAAUCAUCUGAGGAGAAGUUCAUUCUGUCGGACAGUCGUAAAGAUCAUUUUAAUGUGACCAUUAGAGACAUUUCUGCAGACGACGGAGGAGUUUAUUUAUGUGGAGUGCAGAGAUACGGAUCAGAUCCAUCACUUGCUCGCAUAACCUUCAUUAAAGAGAUUCAGCUGAAUGUUUACAGAAAUAAAUCUCAUUUUGCAGGUCAAAUCGCUUCUGUCCUGAUUCAGGCCUACUCCAGUAAAUCAGUCUUCAUCACGUGUAAAUUUCCACAAGAGUUCAGAAGAAACAAGAAAUUCAUCCAGAAAGAUUCAUCACAGAAGAUUAUUGUUGAUGAACAGAAUCGAUGGGUCCGUCAUGAUGAAGUUCACAUGUAUGAUGAUUCCAGUGAAGGACUUCUGAAGGUUUUUAUCAGUGAUUUAAUGGCGGCUGAUGAAGGAACGUACAGGUGUGGAGUGAAUAUCGCUGAUGAUGAUCUGUUCACUGACGUCAAACUGACUGUAAAUCAAGUUGAUCAUUUUCGUGCAUCAAGUAAAGCAUCUGCUGUUAUUGGUAAAAGUGUGAAACUCACCUGCGAUUUCCCUGAGAAACACGGCGAGACCUUCAAACACAUCUGCAGAGAGAACAAGCAGAAGAUAUGUGAGAACAUCAGUUCAUCAGAGCAGAAACGCUUUGAGUUUUCUGUCAGUACAGCAGGAGUUUUUACAGUGAUCAUCAGUAAUGUGAGCGAGAGAGAUGCUGGAGUUUACUGGUGUGGAGCAGAAACCAGAGACACACAUCUGACUUCUGUCUCUCUCACCAAUCAACAUCACCUCACUGUGACCAUGCCUCCAGUGGUCGAACGUGAAGGAGGUUCAUCAGAGAUCAAAUGCCCUUAUAAUGAAAAACAUUCAAGAGAAGUAAAACAUCUUUGCAAAGGAAAGUGUUUCACUGAAGAUGCUCAAAAUAUCAUUCGAUCCAAUGAAGCCCAUGUGAAUAAACCAAAGAUUUCAGCAAAGGAUGAUCCUGAACUCAAUCUCUUCACUGUGACCUUGAGUGAGCUGAGAGCAGAGGAUGCUGGGAUAUACUGGUGUGCAGUGAGAGAUGAGUUUAAUCUUCCCACUGAACUCAUGAUCGUCAUGAAAGAUGCGGUCACUCGUGAAGCGUCUGUCGGAGGAUCAGUGUCCAUCAGCUGUAAGUUCAUCAGGAAUCACACAAGGUUUUUCUGCAGAGGAGAUCAGCCGAACAUCUGUGUCCGAGACGGAGUUCGUGUUUCAUCGAAUAUGAGAACAAAUGACCGAUUCUCUGUGACUGACGAAACCUCAGCUGAAGUCUUUACUGUGAACAUCACCGAUCUGAAAGAAGAGGAUUCUGGGAAAUACUGGUGCGCAGAGGAGAGUUCUGGGUCGUACAUAUUCACUGAAGUUCAUCUACAUGUGAUCAGAGUCACACAGAGGCUGUUUAAGUGCAUUUAUUCAGCAACUACAGUCAGAAACAAAUAA